UUUAAGGCACUGCACAUGUCGAGGACCACGAUUAUUGUCUACAGUGCAGUCAGUAGUUGUCAGGUGCAGCAGGCGGACCAGCAUUUCUUUAAAUCUACUCAAUCGAUCAAAUCAAAAGACAGAAUGUCUCUCACCAACAAGAACGUCGUUUUCGUGGCCGGUCUGGGCGGCAUUGGCCUGGACACCAGCCGGGAGUUGGUCAAGCGUAAUCUGAAGAACCUGGUCAUCCUGGAUCGCAUUGACAAUCCGGCUGCCAUUGCCGAACUGAAGGCAAUCAAUCCCAAGGUGACCAUCACCUUCUAUCCCUACGAUGUGACUGUGCCCGUCGCUGAGACCACCAAGCUCCUGAAGACCAUCUUUGCCCAGGUGAAGACAAUCGAUGUCCUGAUCAACGGUGCUGGCAUCCUGGACGAUCAUCAGAUCGAGCGCACCAUUGCCGUUAACUACACGGGCCUGGUCAACACCACCACAGCCAUUCUGGACUUCUGGGACAAGCGCAAGGGCGGCCCAGGCGGCAUCAUUUGCAACAUUGGCUCCGUCACCGGUUUCAAUGCCAUCUACCAGGUGCCCGUUUACUCCGGCUCCAAGGCGGCGGUGGUUAACUUUACCUCCUCCCUGGCGAAACUGGCUCCCAUUACUGGUGUCACUGCUUACACUGUCAAUCCUGGCAUCACCAGGACCACUCUGGUCCACAAAUUCAACUCGUGGCUGGAUGUGGAGCCCCGUGUGGCGGAGAAGCUGCUCGAGCAUCCCACCCAGACCUCUCAGCAGUGCGCCGAGAACUUUGUGAAGGCCAUUGAGCUGAACAAGAACGGUGCCAUCUGGAAGUUGGAUUUGGGCACCUUGGAGCCCAUCACAUGGACCCAGCACUGGGACUCGGGCAUCUAAACCAUCCCAGAGACUCUAUGGGACAUGGCGUUUUAGCUUUUAGUUUCUUUUUUUCCACUCAAUUGUUACGUAUAUACAUACACAUAUGGCAAUAAGGCUGAUUUGAACCCCGUUUUGAAUAUGAUAAUACAAAAUUAUAUUUGAGAAA